AUGACUUUGACAAAUUCAUCUCUUCAAAACAAUAUCGAUGAUCUUUCUCAACGUCGUAAUUUAUUAAAACAAAAAUGGAUUGAGAGACAACGAAAUGUUUCUGAUUUACUUGCAUCGGCUGUUGUCGCUUGUCGUACAAGUGCUAAUGAUAUUCGUUCCAUUGAACAACAAAAACAAGAAGUGUUAUCAUCAAAUAGAAUCAGUGAUUUCGAAUUUGAAACUUCAGUUGUUGAUUAUCUCAGCAAACACGCUCCGAUCUUGGUAUCAAGUUUAGCUCAGGUAUUUUCCAAAGAAGAUGAACAAAUCAAUAAUUUAUUAAAAAAAUUAAGAAUUAAAAUUGACACCGAGAGUAAAGUAGUAUUACCUCUUGAUCAUGUUGAUCAAUUGUCAACUUCAAAUCUAUCAAAGCCUUCUUCUAAGCCUAUAAAACGUUCUCUUCCGUCGUGGAUGGAUUUACCAGCACGGCGUGGUACGUUAUUACCACGUGAACAUCCACCUCAUCAACUAGUUCAUUUACUUAAACAUUUAACUGUACGAGAAUUAGAACGAGAAAGUUUCAAUGUUGAAAUGGAUCGGUUACUAAAUCGACAAACAUCUAUGGAAAAAAUGUUAUCACGUCGUUUUCAUACAAACGAUACAAUACAAGAAUAUUGCCAAUAUACAACACGUGAUGAAUGUCCAUCAGCAAAUUCUCAUUCACGUCUUCGUUCUCGAUCAUCAUCAACAUCAUCUGAUAAUGAACAAGAAACAGUGGAUGACGAUUUUCAAAUUAAAAAGAAACGAAAGCGAGAUGAUUCCAUAGAUUUCAAUGAGUCAACAAAAUAUUCAUCACGUUAUUUUAAUAAAAGUGGAAGAAAUGUACAUACAUGUGGUAAAGUUCAUUUUAGACGCUUAAUUAAACCACAUACUGAUCGUUCACUUGGUGAUUGUUCUUUUCUCAAUACUUGUUUUCAUAUGGAAACAUGUAAAUAUAUUCAUUAUCAAAUAGACAAAACAGAUUUUGCACCAUCAUCUAAUAGUAGUAACAAUGUAAAUACUAAAACAAAACGUCAUUUACCAAUUGUGGAGCGAAUUAGUCCAGGUUCAUUACCACCCCAAUGGGUUCAAUGUGAUUUGCGGCAAUUGGAUAUGGCAGUACUUGGAAAAUUUUCCGUUAUUAUGGCUGAUCCACCUUGGGAUAUUCAUAUGGAAUUACCCUAUGGAACUAUGGCUGAUGAAGAAAUGAGAAGACUUGAUAUUCCAUCAUUACAAGAUGAUGGAUAUAUAUUUUUAUGGGUAACUGGCCGUGCAAUGGAACUUGGGCGUGAAUGUCUUCGUAUAUGGGGUUAUCAACGAUGUGAUGAAAUAAUAUGGGUUAAAACAAAUCAAUUACAACGUAUUAUUCGUACUGGUCGCACUGGUCAUUGGCUGAAUCAUGGUAAAGAACAUUGUCUUGUUGGUGUGAAAGGUUCAACUGCUGGAAUGAAUCGUGGUCUUGAUUGUGAUGUUAUUGUUGCUGAAGUACGUGCAACAUCACGUAAGCCAGAUGAAAUAUAUGGUAUGAUCGAACGAUUAGCCCCACGAACACGUAAAGUUGAAUUAUUCGGUCGACCUCAUAAUGUUCAACCAAACUGGACUACACUUGGCAAUCAAUUAGAUGGUGUUCGUUUAAUUGAACCUGAUGUUGUUCGAAGAUUUCGACAAAGAUAUCCAAAUGGAUACAAUAUAGCUACGGCUAAUCAACAGCAAGAUAUGAAAACAUCAUUAUCAAAUUCCCAAACAAAUUCAAAAUAA